AUGAGGAACAGGGCCGCGGUCGAGGUGUUUGAGGAGAUUCCGCGGGGCUGCGUUCGGGUGGGAUCGGUAACGGCACGGGUUUGCCACUCCCUGCGGGGAAUUCCCACUUCAGCCGAAUCGAAACGCCCCGCCUCCUCCCACGGCGCGCAUUACCGCCAGCGCGCUCCGCGGCGCUUCCACUAACUUUAACCAGCUCGGCUCGCGCGCUUCGCUUUAACCCGGCGUUUGUUAAACUAGCAGCCGUCGUGGAGUACCCGAGGCGGGCGGCGGAGUCACCGGUGGUGGGAUGAGAAACAAAAGCGGAUGUCUCUGGUGUCAUAAUGUCACGGUGAUUUCGCGCUCGUACCCCUCCACGUUCACGCACUGACUCGGGAUGGCGCGAAGCGGCGGCGAGAAACAAGGCAAGCUCGAUUUCGACGAGAGCCGGGUCGACUCCGGAAUCGACUCGUACAAGUCCGUGUCCAGGGAAGCGGACGGCGGCUCGGACGGCGCCGAGGAGAAGAGCUGCGACGCGGGCGAGAGGCUGGACUCCGCGUACGUCUCGUCCUCGCUGACCGUGGACAGCUUGGGGGAUUUUAUCGAGAAAUGCAGCGUUUCUGAAUGUGAACGCGCGGCGGACUGUGCGUACACCGAAGAGGAAGUCGGUUUCCUAACCACCGUUACAGAAGAUGGAGACACGAUUCUCCACUUGGCCAUAAUCCACGAAGAGGAAUAUUUUGCACGCCAAUUGAUAGACCUGUUUCCUCCAGAUCUGAUGGAUAUUCAGAACAACCUGUAUCAGACGCCGUUGCAUCUGGCCACGUACUUGAACCAGCCCGGCAUAGUGAAGGGCCUUGUAGAGAAGAGGGUCUCGCUGGAGCUCCAGGACCAGGAGGGAAACACCCCUCUCCAUGUGGCGAGCGAGCACGGGUUCUGGGACUGUGCCAAUGAGAUGAUCCACAGCGCCUCGCCCAGCAAACUCUCCAACGUGCUGGAAGCCCAGAACUGGAGAGGUCUGACUUGCCUCCACGUGGCUGCGCUGCACAAACAUCACCGUCUCCUCCGGCUGCUGAUGAAGAGCGGCGUGGAUCUGAACGUCCAGGAGGGGACGAGCGGGAAGACGGCGCUGCACGUGGCCGUGGAGCUGCACGACGCGCCGGCGGUGAACCUGCUGCUCAACAAAGGGGCUAACGUCGACGCGGUGAUGUUCAACGGCUGCACCGCGCUGCAUCUGGCCGUGGGCCGCCAGGACGCCGCCAUCGCCAACCUCCUGUGCCAGGCUGGGGCCGACAAGAUGAUCCGAAACAUGGAGGACGAGACGGCCCUGGAUCUAGCCGACGGCAACGAUGACAUUUUGGCUCUGUUCCCCUUCGACGACAUUCAGAUCAUGGGCAGGACCGUCACGAACUUCUCCUGAGCCCGGCGGCGGCGCGUCCUCCGCUUUC